AUGGACACGCCCCCACCCCUUCUGAUGCACUCACCAUCAAUCACCUUAGAAGCCACGCCCCCACAUCCAUCCAGAUCCAUUUUAGCGUCAGGAAACCUGAAGGAGACACAGAACUCGAACAGGACUGAGGGAGAAAACCAGAUACAGAGAUUUGUGUGGGCGGAGCUAAACAUUCACUCCACCUUCCCAGCGCAGGGCGUUCCAGUUUGCAGGUUCGGGCGUGGCUGUUUUUCCGCGUUCUCUGGUGCGCUCUGUGCUCCGUUUCCCAGAAGGUUCUGCCAGUGUUCUAAGAACUCGGAGGACACAUUCCGGCUCCGGUGCUCACGCUCCUCCUCGCUCCUCCUCCUCGCUCCUCCUCCUCCUCGCUCCUCCUCCUCCUCGCUCCUCCUCCUCAUUCUCGCUCCUCCUCCUCCUCGCUCCUCCGCCUCCUCGCUCCUCCUCGCUCCUCCUCCUCCUCGCUCCUCCUCCUCAUCCUCGCUCUGCCUCCUCCUCGCUCCUCCUCCUCCUCGCUCCUCCUCCUCGCUCCUCCUCCUCCUCGCUCCUCCUCCUCGCUCCUCCUCCUCGCUCCUCCUCCUCAUCCUCGCUCUGCCUCCUCCCUCCUCCUCACUCUGCCCAAUCAGUGCUCUGGAAAAAACAUCCGUUCUAUACAGAAAAAAUAAAAAGUGUUUUCUACUCUAGAGACUUCGUUUAUUUAUUUAUUUUUUUACUUGGUUCAGCUUCAGUGAUCUCACACACACACUCUCUCUCACACACACUCUCUCUCACACACACACUCUCUCUCACACACACUCUCUCACACACACACU